AGAGAGAGAGAGAUUAGAUUGAAAAUUUGAAAGGCCUGCGUUCUGUGGAUAAGAAAAGCAAGCCGACGCCGAGGGAAGGCAAGGAGAGGAGAAGGGUAAACAAGGCAAGACAAAGAGGCUAGCGUGGAAGAAUCUCGUGAACCACGUCCAUCGGUACGGCGAUCGAAUCAAAAAAACCCUCCCUUCUCACUCCACUUCACUCCCACUUCUUUGAGUCUUGACCCACACUCGCUUCCUUCCUUCCUUCCUUCCGUGGUCGUACCUAAAAGGAGGAAACUUUGCAGAGGAAAUCAGUAGUACGCGUACAACAUCCUUUUUCUCUGUUUAUUCUAUCAUUCUCUUCCCACACCCAAUUCCUUUCCCCGCCCAUCAAGACUCCGACGGAGUGACUGAGAUGGUGAGGAUAAUUCCCAUGGCUUCUACGAUUCGCCCUUCUCUCUCCUCGCUUAGACUGCCUCUCCUGCGCUGCUCUUCUCUCUCUUACCACAACCCCUCUCGCCGUCUCGCUCUCUUGCAUCUUGGUAGCGCUGUUCCACAGUCACAGUUCUUUGGUCUGAAAGCUGCUAAGCUGUUGAGAGGAGAGGGUAAUGGCAUGGGGAUGGCCACAGCUGGAAAUGCUGCCCAAGCAAGUACUGCUGCUACCCAAGAAAAUGUCCUAGAGUGGGUUAAGAAAGACAAGCGAAGGAUGCUCCAUGUUGUUUACCGGGUUGGAGACCUGGACAAAACCAUAAAAUUCUACACAGAGUGCCUGGGGAUGAAACUGCUGCGGAAACGGGACAUUCCAGAGGAGAGAUACACAAAUGCCUUUCUUGGAUAUGGGCCUGAAGAUUCUCACUUUGUUAUCGAACUCACUUACAAUUAUGGAGUUGACAAGUAUGAUAUUGGAGCUGGAUUUGGCCACUUUGGCAUUGCUGUUGAAGAUGUUGCCAAGACUGUGGAACUCAUAAAGGCUAAGGGUGGAAAAGUAACCCGAGAACCUGGUCCUGUCAAAGGUGGCAGUACAGUGAUUGCAUUUAUUGAGGACUUUGAUGGGUACAAAUUUGAACUUUUGGAGAGAGGACCUACUCCUGAGCCCUUGUGUCAAGUAAUGCUUCGUGUAGGUGAUCUUGAUCGUUCGAUAAAUUUUUAUGAGAAGGCCUUUGGCAUGGAACUUCUUCGCACACGUGAUAAUCCAGAGUAUAAGUAUACAAUCGCAAUGUUGGGUUAUGGGCCCGAAGAUAAAAAUGCUGUUCUGGAAUUGACAUACAACUAUGGAGUCACCGAAUAUGAAAAGGGGAACGCUUAUGCUCAGAUUGCAAUAGGCACAGAUGAUGUUUAUAGAACUGCAGAAGCUGUUAAACUCGUAGGGGGAAAGAUUACACGGGAACCUGGACCAUUACCGGGUAUCAGCACUAAGAUUACUGCAUGCUUGGAUCCUGAUGGUUGGAAGACGGUUUUUGUAGAUAAUGUCGACUUUCUAAAGGAGUUGGAGUGAGUUUUAGUAACGUAUCAUACCAAGCUUGUGAUAAUGAAAUCGGAAUCUCUGGUCAGAACGACUCGUUGAAGUGGUGAGAGAAUGUAUCAAAUCGCAUUUUGUAGAUAAGAUUACAAUAAUUUCCAUGAUGAUGAUUGUAACAGGGAUCUUAUCAGUUCAUAGCUUUGUAGUUUGAGACGAGAGUUUACCUGUUUAAUUAUUUUUCUACAUUAAUUUCAAAUGAAAAAAGUUUCCUUGCAAAGUA